AAACAUUAAUAAUUAAUUCGAAUUCAUUUUGAUUUCAAAUGUCUCAAUAUGGUAAAGCAGAGUACUGGGAGGAACGAUACACGAGGUAAAGCGAGGAUCCCGAGCCAUUUGAUUGGUAUCAGAGAUUUGCAGGAGUGAAAGAUCUGGUUUCAGUAUGUUUCACACCUGAGAGCAAGCUGUUGAAUGUUGGAGCAGGCAAUUCAAGAUUGAGCGAAGAGAUGUUCGAUGAAGGUUAUCAGAAUAUUACAAACAUUGAUAUCUCACAUGUAGUUACAAAGGCAAUGUAGGAGAAGUACAAAGACAAGGGGCCGAAUUUCAAAUAUUUACACAUGGAUGCAAGAGCGAUGGAUUUCGAGGAAGGAGCAUUUGAUGGGGCAAUAGACAAGGGAACUUUGGAUGCAAUAUUGUGUGGAGAGUCCUCAUCCUCGAAUGCCUAGAAGGUGAUCUAGGAGGUUCAUAGAGUAUUGGGGCCUAAGGGAGUUUUCUUUAUCAUCUCGUACGGUUUGCCUGAGCAUCGAUUGUAAUACCUUGAGAAACCCGAAUAUGAUUGGUAUGUGGGAUUAUUAUUCUAAUGCAGGAAUGUGGUAGUUAAAUAAGUGCACAAGCCAACAAUUUCGACGUCGAUUGCCAUUACAAAUGAGGACAAAGACGCGCCGAAUGUCCAUUAUAUCUACAUAUGCACCAAAGGUCAACCCAAGGGAGGUAAAUAAUGA